AUGGAUCCUGAGAAUGACCCCGAGAAGGCUUCCGAGAAGACUUCCACACCCAUUACCACGACAUACGCUGACGAAGAUUCUGCAUACCUCGUAGCAUUCACCGUCCCCCAAGAUCCCAACAAUCCAAAAUGCUGGCCGACCUAUCAGAAAUGUCUCACUACGCUCGUUCUCUCAUCCACCUGCUUCAAUCGAAUUGCUGUAUCCACGAUUAUGGCACCUGCACUUCCCAUAAUCGAAUCUGAGCUCCAUAUGACUCCCCCUGAGUCUGUUAUGGCCAUGUCCGUUUACUUGCUCGCCACAGCAUUCGGCCCCUUACUUAUUGAAUUGAUGGCUGGUAUUGGUGCUAGUGCUAUUUAUGCGUUAGGAAGUGGAGUUCUAGGAGAUGUCUGGAGAUCCGAUGAGAGAGGAAGACCAAUAGGGAUUUAUUCUUUGUUACCACUGUUUGGUGCAGCUGCUGGUCCUAUUAUCGGAGGUUAUAUUACGGAAUAUACAACCUGGAGGUGGAUGUUUUGGUCAACAUCAAUUUAUCAGGCGAUAAUGAUCGUGAUAUCGAUUCCUUUAUUUCGAGAAACCCAUGGUCCGACAAUUCUUCGGCAUGAAGCUGGGGAGCUCAGACGUAGUUCCGGGAAUUCGCGUUACUACACAGAGGAUGAGGCACUUGGAAAAGUAAGAUCAGUUUCCUGGUUAUUGAUGAGAAGUUUUUCUAGGCCCGUUCGUUUACUUCUAUUCCAUCCGAUUAUUCAGGUCCAGGCUUGUCUUUCAGCUUUCGAUUAUGGUAUCACCUACAUUACUCUUUCCACCUACUCAGAUAUCUGGACUAAAGAAUACCAUGAGUCUAUCUCCAAAAGUGGCCUUCACUAUCUUGCCAUGUGCCUCGGUGAGAUAAUGGGGGCACAAGUUGGAGGGCCAUGA